AUGGCGCCAAUGGCUAUUCAUGAGCCGCAUUCCUUGAAGCGAACUUCAUCCCAAGCCCAAUUCGAGGUUCCAGUUGCGAAGAAGCAGGAUCAUGGGGACUUGCGGCAUCACAAGGUGAGAUGGGAUAUCCAGAAGGAAUUCAGACGCGAUGCACAACUUCAGAAUGAGACCACGUCGGAGGAGCUUCUCAACCGUUCAAUCUGCGUCGCUCUGGAAACUGUCGGCUUUGGUACAGUGGAAUCAGCAGCUUUGGAAAGCUAUCGUGUACAUGUUGAAGAGUAUAUGGCGCAUUACUUGGCAGAUGUCCGUCAAUCAAUGCUCUCUUGUCGACGGCAUAAUGCGACACCUCAGGAUUUUCUACAAGCACUACAUACCCAUCAACUCAGUCUACGGUCUCUACAUAGACAUCUCGAUCCUCCAGUCACCGCACAGAAAUCUCAAUUCUCACUUGCGAAGGACGCUGAGGAUCCAUCCGAGACUAGGUCAUAUCCGUCACUCAGCGCCUUUUUUGGAGGUCCUCAAACCGAGACAGCUAAAUCCUACAUACCUAAACAUUUUCCACUGCUGCCAGACAAGCAUACCUAUCAAGUGACUCCAGACUUUGUAAUACGGGAGCAAGAUCCAAGAAAGUUGCGCGAAAAGGCCACGGAGGAAGGUAGGUUAGGAGAAGAAGCUUUGCGGAAACUGGUUGCAGCAGGGUCAAAUGGCGCAACGCACCAGACGGAUCCGAAAAGGCCGCUUUCUUUAAAUGAAGAACGUGACCGACUAUGGCAGCAAACUCUAGCAAGCGUGAUACAAGAGCAAGACGAAACGAAUGGGAAUGCAAUGGAUGUGGAUAUGGCCGGCUCAAGUUUCGCGAACGGGAGACCAUCGAACAACAGGCAUAUCAGCUCAGCUGUCAAUGCAGACAGGCAAUACUGGAGAAAGCCUGUGCGUCGGAGGGAGAUCUGA